AUGGCCAAAGGAUCCUGCAUGUGUGGCGCCAUCGGCUACGAAUACACGGGCGAGCCGGCGGUCACUGCGUUAUGCCAUUGUACCGAUUGCCAGAAGUGGACGGGAGCAGCAUACACGAGCAAUGUCGUGGUGCCUCGGACGAAUUUCAAGGUCACCCAAGGACAGCCGAAAGACUAUGAUGCGGUGGGAGCUUCGGGGAAGAUAAAUAAGCAUUGGUUCUGUCCGACGUGUGGAUCUUCGCUUUAUACUGAGCUUGAGGUGAUGCCUGAGAUGACUUGUGUUAAGAGUGGGAGUUUGGAUGGUGGGGCUGCGGAUCAUAAGGUGAGGAAUAUACCUCUUCUUCGGGACUUCUUGGAUAGCCCAGCUAAUGAUUCUGUCUAG